AUGAUAAAUUCCUGUAACACUAACUUAUCGAAGUCAGGGAAAUUACCUGUUUUAUUGAAUGGUAAAGAUCAAUAUGAAGGUUAUAUAGAAAUAUCACAAUUUAUCUGUGACAACUUUGAUAUUGAUCAUUCAGCUUUCACAUCACCUGAGAGGUUAUCGGCAGCUCACCUGUUAAUAGACCUUACUGUAAUCAAUCUUAUUGAGAACAAACUUCGUCUAAUAAAUCAAUAUAACUUGUACAUAGUUACCACAAAUUAUGAAAAUGUUACUAGGAAGCUUUUCAAGAAUUAUUUACCCUUUCCUAUGAUGUAUAACCAACCUUUGAAGUUUUAUAAUAUAGCUCAAGAAGAAGUAAAAUUGAUAGGGAUCGGGAAACCAAAAGGCUUCCUAGGUUUUGGGACUGGUGAUAAUGAUGAUGAUUUAGAUAAGACUGUUCCUUUGAGUAAACUACAUGAACAACAAUUGUUAUCCAAAAACAAGGAGAAACUUUCCAUUAGAGAAUCAAAAAAUCUAUUCAGAGCUUGCAGUUUAUUGGACAAUAUCCUCAGAGACAUCAUCGAGAUUUAUAAGGUAAAUCAAUUAGGGUUAACCAGAUCGAAUAUCCUUUUAUUAGCUUAUAUUCAUACAUUAAGUUCUGAUUUACCUGACAAAUCUUUAUUAUCAAUCAUACAAAAUCAUGAGGAGUUCUAUCAACAAUGUCUGGAUCACAUAAAAUCAUUCAAUGAUCAAUUAAAACCUAUCAAGCCUUGUAAUUCCUCACAAUCACCAAAUCUUCUCAAUGAGAUUCACUAUAAAUUGUCUCAAAUUUCGGCCUCGUUGAAUUUUUGA